AGGCUGGUUAGUUUUGACCGUAGUACUUGUGCCAUUUAAAAAAAAAAAAAAUCGAUCCUAAUUGGUAGCUAUUUGGCAGCUAUCUGCCAAGCCCCUUUUGUGAACUAAGGUCAUUAAAUGAAGGUCUGUAGUCAGAGAGAGCCCAUCCAUUCCCUCAACUGGAUGGGGAGCGGGGACAGUGUCUCCGGCGUAAGAGGGAAUGUUGACCAGGGAGCACCGCUACCGUCGUUCUGAGGAGCAGGAACUAGAGCCCAGGCUGAGUCCGAAAAAGAUAGGGUCCAGGCUGUGGUUGGACGUGGAACAUGGAGUUGUUGCCCCCGGUCUACAUUUACAGUCCUGAGUAUGUCAGCAAGUGCGACUCCCUGGCCAAGAUCCCUAAACGGGUGAGAGAGGCCAGCAUGGUACAUUCUCUGAUCGAAGCUUAUGCACUGCAUAAACAAAUGAGGAUAGUGAAGCCCAAAGUGGCGUCCAUGGAGGAGAUGGCCUCCUUUCACACUGAUGCCUAUCUGCAGCAUCUCCAGAAGGUCAGCCAAGAAGGCGAUGAGGAUCAUCCAGACUCCAUAGAAUAUGGGCUAGGUUAUGACUGCCCAGCCACUGAAGGGAUAUUUGACUAUGCAGCAGCUGUAGGAGGGGCUACGAUCACAGCUGCCCAGUGCCUGAUUGACGGGAUAUGCAAAGUAGCAAUUAACUGGUCUGGAGGGUGGCAUCAUGCAAAAAAAGAUGAAGCAUCUGGUUUUUGUUAUCUCAAUGAUGCUGUCCUGGGAAUAUUACGAUUGCGACGGAAAUUUGACCGUAUUCUCUAUGUGGAUUUGGAUCUGCACCAUGGAGAUGGUGUAGAAGAUGCCUUCAGCUUUACAUCCAAAGUCAUGACUGUGUCCCUGCACAAAUUCUCCCCAGGAUUUUUCCCAGGAACAGGUGACUUGUGUGAUGUUGGCUUAGGGAAAGGACGGUACUACAGUGUAAAUGUGCCCAUUCAGGAUGGCAUACGGGAUGAGAAGUAUUAUCACAUCUGUGAAAGUGUACUACAGGAGGUAUAUCAAGCCUUUAACCCCAAAGCAGUGGUCUUGCAGCUGGGAGCAGAUACAAUGGCUGGGGAUCCCAUGUGCUCCUUUAACAUGACACCAGUGGGGAUUGGCAAGUGUCUUAAGUAUAUCCUUCAGUGGCAAUUGGCAACACUCAUUUUAGGAGGCGGAGGCUAUAACCUUGCCAACACGGCUCGUUGCUGGACAUACUUGACCGGGGUCAUCCUAGGGAAAACACUAUCCUCUGAGAUCCCAGAUCAUGAGUUUUUCACAGCAUAUGGUCCUGAUUAUGUGCUGGAAAUCACGCCAAGCUGCCGGCCAGACCGCAAUGAGCCCCACCGAAUCCAGCAAAUCCUCAACUACAUCAAAGACCAACAGCUUCAGCUGACACCAUCAACUCCUGCCAAUAUAUCGGUUUUGUGCCAAGGCUCUGAAAUGCCAACUAUGUCAAGGCCUGCACUUGAUGUCAAAGGUGGCACCUCUCCUGUAAAGGAGGAUGCCAACCAGGAGAUGAACUCUCUGGCUUACUCUAACCUGGGGGUGAAAGAUCGCAAAGCAGUGACCAUCCUGCAUUACCCUGGGGUUGCUUCAAACGGAGCCAAGGCCAGUGGGGCUCCCACUAGCUCCUCAGGAUCACCAUCUCCAAUAGGCUCCCCUACUGUUACCCCUCCCACUAAACCCCCACCCUUCAACCUGCACCCUACCCCUCACCUACUGGCCAGUAUGCAGCUGCAGAAACUUAAUAGCCAGUAUCAUGGGAUGGCCGCUGCUGCUGCUACUGCUACUGCUACUGCUGUAGCCACUCCAGGCCAACUGGGGGAGGCAGGGGCCCUGCAAAACUGGGGCCUUGGGGCUCAGGCGGGAGAGGCGGGGUCACUGUCUCCUUCUUCGGGUGCCCAGAGCCCUGCUAUCAUUGAUUCUGACCCAGUGGAUGAGGAGGUGCUGAUGUCGCUGGUGGUGGAACUGGGACUGGACCGAGCCAAUGAGCUGCCAGAGCUGUGGCUGGGGCAGAAUGAGUUUGACUUCACUGCAGAUUUUCCCUCUGGCUGCUGAUGUCACAUGUCCCUAAAGAUGGAGGAACAAAGCCACCUAUUCUGUUGUAAAUAAAAAUAAAGUUACUUGCAAAGAGA